AUGGGAGGGGACUGGAAUGAGAUUUUUUCUGGAGAAGAAAAGAGGGCUGGCAAAGAAAGAUCAAGAUGUCUAGCUUUCAAUAGCUUUAUAGCAACGAUGGGGAUGCUAGAGGUGGAAAUGCAUGGAAAUACCUUCACCUGGGGCAAUAAUAUGGAGCAGGAGGGGUACAUUGAAGAAAAACUAGAUAAGGAUUUAGAUCUUGGAUUGGCUGGCAACAAACUGAAAUGCCCAGGUUCAAAGCUGAAUGAGGCUUCAAGAAAAAAAAGAAGAUUUAGAUUUGACAAAAGGUGGAUCAAAAUGGAAGGGGUGAAAGAUGUGGUGAGAGAGGCUUAG